ACGCGAAGCUGUUUGGGCAUUAGCGAAGUUUCGUCUUCCUUUUUCUGUUUCGUAAUUUUAACUUGGCAUUUACCUUCGAUCAGUCAUAACUACGGGUAUGGAAAACUCUGUAGAUAAAUCUGUUUCUAAUACUAAAAAUGCUACAGAAGAGAACUUGAAAGACGAAAGCUUGGAAAAUGAUGGAAAUAGUUCAGUAUCAAGAGAAACGAAAAGGCUGGAGGAUGAGACUGAUAAUUCUGGCAAUGCAAAAGAAGAUGGUGCAUCUCAAUCCCCUCGUAUGAAAAAAGCCACAAGGAGCAGGACACUGUCACCCUCUAAAUCCCAUUCAAGAUCAAGAUCACCUUCUUUGUCAAGGUCAAAAUCUGGAUCUCGUUCUAGAUCCGGCUCACGUUCGUCGCGUCGUUCGUCGAAGUCACGCUCGAAAUCACGUUCGGUUUCAAGAUCCCGAAGUCGCUCCAAAUCAGUAUCUCGGAAAGUAUCUAGAUCGAGAUCGAGAUCAGGUUCUCGUUCCUCCCGUUCGAGAUCUCGCUCUUCACGUCGAUCAUCGAAAUCACGUUCAAGAUCUGGCUCUCGCUCGAGGUCCAGUAGCCGUUCGAAAUCACGUUCUCGCUCAAGAUCUAAAGGCUCAAGGUCUAGAUCAAGAUCAGCAUCCUCCCGAUCCAGAUCAUCAUCUGCUUCGAGCGUUAACAGUAGAGGAGUUGGCUCUCGUAAGCGUAAGCUAGGCAGUAGAAGUGGCAGUGAUUCCGACGGUCCUGGAAGCUCCAAGAAGAAAGGAAAAAGCAAGUCACGUAUUGCCCGCCCAGCUGGCGACUCAAGCGAUGAAGAAGGCAGUGUUGGAAACGAAAAAGACAAAAAAGCAUUAGAAGAGGUUUUUGGUGAUUCUGGUGACGAAGCUCCGAAAAAGGAUGACAGUGAACUACCAACCCAAAAGGUUUCUGACAGGGAGCAAGACAGUGAUUCAGAUAAUCAAGACGAUCAAAGGGCUGAGUUUGUUUCGGAUUUUGAUCUUAUGAUGGCCCGUAAAAAGGAUGAAAAAAGGAAACGCAAACGCAAGGACGUCGAUAUCAUCAACGAUAACGAUGACUUGAUUGCUCAUAUGAUUCAGCAGAUGAAAGCCGCCUCGGAGGAGGAUCGCGAAUUCAACAAACUUCGAAAGCCUGCAACAAAGAAAAUCUCUCUUCUUCCAACUGUUAUUGCACAGCUACGGAAACACGACUUACAGAUGGCAUUCAUCGAGCACAAUAUAUUAAGCGUGUUGACGGAUUGGCUUGCCCCAAUGCCAGAUCGCAGUCUCCCUGCACUACGAAUCCGAGAACAAAUUCUCACUAUGCUGCGAGAAUUUCCACCUCUGGAUCAAGGAGCACUGAAACAGUCUGGCAUUGGCAAGGCAGUUAUGUACUUGUGUAAGCAUCCUAAAGAAACCAAGGAAAACAAGGAAAAGGCUGGAAAGCUAAUCAGUGAAUGGGCCCGACCUAUUUUCAACUUGACGACAGAUUUUAAAGCUUUAAGCCGGGAAGAGCGAGAGCAAAGAGACUUGGAGCAACUUCCUAAGGUACGUCAGCAGGCCGCUGAAACUGCAGCAUCGAAGGACAUCUCAAAAGCCAUGCAAGAGGAAGAAACAUCUGUACGACCCGGAGACCCCAAUUGGGUACCAAGAGCACGGGUACCGCAACCAUCCACUAAAGAUUACGUUGUCCGUCCCAAAUGGACCUCUGAAGUCGACAUGUCAAGGACGUCGAAGAAAACGUUGUCAAAGAUGGAAAAACGAAUUCAAGAAUAUAGCCGGAUGAAAGGUGGGAAGAGCAAAGGACCUAACAAUGCUAUCCUAAGUAUUGAAGGCCGUAAGAUGAAUUUAUAAGGAUCUACGUAAGCUGACAAAUACAGAAGUGUUAUGCAUCUUUUCACUAGUUUGUAAGAAUACAUUCGGUCAAGUUAAA